CGCCCCCUCCCUUCUGCUAUAAUUCAUUCCAGAAGCUUGCCUCCGGGUCAAGUCUGCUAUCCUCCAAAACCUUUAAUAUUUUUUUCCGAUUCCAAUACGCAACAGUCCAUAUACUAUCCAUGGACCUCUCUUCUUCUCUUCCAGAAUCACAGCAACGGCUGCCUAAUCAUGAUCAUCAACAAUUGCAUAACCAAUCAACCCAAUCUUGUUACUACCCCCAACAAAACCAACAACAACCACCUCAACAUUACUAUUCCUAUAAUGGUCCUCCUGGUUACGCUUAUUAUCAAGUGCCACAUCAGCAGAGUCUUGAAUCAGUUGGAGUUUCGGUUAAUACCAUGGCGCGAAUUGCGGAUUCUGUUUGGACGACGGCUCAGGUGGGACUCAACCCGGUGUCUGCAGCCGCAGUGGUUGCCCUGUCGCAGUUGGCGCAAUUCCAGCGGACAGCAACGGCUGGAAUGCACCCCUACUUUGCGGCGCCGCUGCUGCACCAUGGACCGACUUUAAUGCCUUCGCCGCCGGCUAGUGGGUCUCCAUAUAAUAGUGGUGGUAGAGAAGGCAUUAGAUCCUUCAGACGUCAUGGCAGGGGAUAUAUUGGCCAGUGCUCUCCCAAGACUGGUGACCAUGAAACAGGAAGUGGUGAGGGCAGAGGUGGUCCUCAAUGCUUCAAACAACAUGGAGCAUCAUCAGCCUCACAGCAAGAGCCGUACAAUGAGAAUAUAAAAUCUACAGAUAAAUCAGAACCCCUGGCUGUUUUACCUAAAGAAACUGCUCAAACUGCAGUGCCUCCCAAGGCAUCUCGGUCUAUACCGAUGGAGGAGAAAGUUCGUUCAAGCAGACAGCCACCACAGGGUGCAUGGUGUGCGCUUUGCAGGGUUGAGUGCACCAGUUUGGAAAUCCUUGAGCAACACAAGAAUGGAAAGAGGCAUAAAAGGAACCUGCAGAAAAAUGAAGAGUCAAAGAUUGCUGUCAAACCUGGGAUGGAAAAACAGAAUGGGAAGAAACCUACAGCCAAGCUUGAGAAUGAAGGAACUCAGCAGCCCAACAGUGCCCAAGAAAAUGAGGAGAAAAAGCCAGUAGAAUCUGUUGGUGUUGAAAAUUCUGUGGAGCCUAUACAACAGAUUAAUGGAGAGAAGAAACAUAUUGCAGCCUUUGUGGAAGAAACUCCUAGGAUUGAUUGUUUUGACAGCCAGAGGCUUGGAAUGAAGAGGAAGAUGCAAGGUGGUCAGGAAGGAGAGUGCACGAAAAGUUUAGAAGCUCCAAGGCUGAAAGUUGGACCUUGCAAACGAAAGGUUGUAAUUCCUCUUAUCUGUGACCUGUGCAAUGUGAAGUGUGAUACUCAAGAUGUUUUUGACUGCCAUCUUUCUGGGGAAAAACACACUGCUAAGCUUAAACAAUUUGGGCCUGUGGGACUUCAAGUUCUUUACCCCUCUAACCCAACUGCAAAAUCCCUUUUGCUUCCUCAAAGCGAUCAACAGCCUGUUCGUGGCUCACCUGGUUCACAUCUUGCAACAGAGGCUUACAUACCUCCACAAACUCACAAAGCAGCACCAGUAACAUCAGGUUUGAAUCUCCAGAAUCAACAAAAUCCCAACCAGAUUGCUGCUGAGAGUGCUAGCAUAGUGCGCAGCUGAUUCUUGAUACCGCUCAGCUACAAUGAAGUGGCCGUGUCUAUUCAGUCAAACUAGCUUUAAGAAUGUUAAUUCAGAGUCUGAAAAGGGAAUUAUUUGCUAUACUUCAUAGCAGAAUUACAGGACCCAGUUGCUUGGUCCUAUGGUCUUGAAUUUGCUGGUGAUAAUGACAUCAGACCUGAAAGCAAAUGAAGGCAGGUUGAGCUCCGAUGCAUGCUUGUAAACUUUUAACUCAUUUAUCUCUGCUUAUGCAAAUACUUACUACUUUUAAAAAAAAAAAAAAUCUGAGAGAAUGUAAAAUUUUUUACACUCAUAUUAGGAUUGUUUUCUUCAGUAAUUUGUUUUACAAAAAUCAGAUUUAGAAACAAGCUGAUGUUUAAUCCAUAUUUAAACAUCUUAAAAUUCCCUUCUCUGUUUGGCUCUUCUCCUCAGAUGUUUCUGACAUAUACAUAUGUCUUAUUCUUAGCAGCAUGUGGGAAGUGAAAGAUGUGAACACGAAAUAAUGGGUAGUGUAGUGUUAUAUACUUUUCAUAUUAGUUUUUCAAUGCAGCAUGCACUAUGUUGAUCCCAUUCCUUACUUCCAUUGAAGCAUUUAUCUUCAUUUCUGGUUUAACUUUGAAUAAAUUGGUUUAAACAAAAACUGUAAAAUCUACAAACCCAAAAAGUAUUCGUGUUUAGAUGCUUCUGUUAAUGGCUUGGAUUCGUUUAUGUAGGCUUUUGGUUAAUGAAAUUGAAGCCAAUCCUCUUCAAU